AUGGGCAACGCCGGGAGCACAGCUCCUGCAAGUUUAGGAGAGACCCAUGUUCCACAUUUAAAAUGGAAGGUUCAUGACUUCUCAGCGCUACUUGAGACGAACGCUGCAUCGGCGGUCUCCUCUGCUUUUGAAUGCUCUGGGUACAGGUGGUUCCUGCGAGUGACUCCAAAGCACAAACAAGGUGUUAUGGGAAAUCCAUAUGUGGCUCUUUCUCUCGAGAUAUACCACGCAUGGUUGGAGCAAGUUCACACAGUGCAUGCAGUAUUCGAGUUGUCAAUAUUCAACCAUUCAAAAGGAGAGUAUUGUGGAUGCAAAGCUAGCUACAACUUUGAUGUCAAGAAUACCUACUCGAAGCCGCAUUGCUUGAUUCCUCUUCAGGAGCUACUGAAAUCAUCUGCUUUUCUAGUUGAUGAUAGCUGUGUCUUUGGUGUGGAGAUAUUAAAAAUCGAUGUCUCUUCUCCUGAAAAGAAGGAUGUUGUGGUUCAGAAGAAGGCUACCACAGUUCAGAAUCUCUUUAUCCAGAAGAAAGGGUUCAUUAAAGGGACAUACACUUGGACCAUGGAUAAUUUCCUUGAAUUGGACCUGAAGCACUCCGUCCGCUCUCCUACAUUUGAAGUUGGCGGACUUAAAUGGUACAUCCGUAUGUAUCCACGUGGUGACAAGCACAGUAAUGAUUGCCUCAGCUUGUACUUAUCCCUGGAUGACUCGGUUGAGCUCCCUUUGGAGUCUGCCAAGGUGGUUGAAUUGACACUAUCCAUCCUGGACCAAAAGAAUGUGAAACACCGGACUGUAACUUCAGGUCUCUGGGUAUGUGGACAAGGACAUAAAUUAGUAUGUGUACAGGGAAUGGGAUCGUCUGACUUCUUUGGACUCAAGGAACUCAAGGACCCGUCUGGAGGCUAUGUUGUGGGAUCGAGCUGCGCUGUGAAGGCAGAUCUCACCAUCGUCGCUCCUCUCCCUCUCGCCGCGCCGGACACGUCCGGGCGCGCCGGACACCCGCAACCGCCGCCAUCCACGCCAACCGGGGCUGCCACAUGGAGCGCCGCCACCCGCAGCCACGGCGGCCAGCUCGGCCCGGCUGGGGCCCCCAAGGCCCACGCGCUCACCGCCGCCACCUACCACGCCGCGCCGCCUUCCCGCGUCCUCGCGCCUCGCCGCCGACCUGCCGCACCUCCGCCGGCGCCACCGCACUUCCCCAUCUCCAGCGACCACCGCAGCAGCUCCAGCCGCCGCACCACUGCGCAAGCGCUGCCCGAGACCGCCACCCUCCGCCGCGCCUCCUCCUCCGGCGACCCACAACGUCCCCGGUGA